CUCUGUCGUUGCGAUAGAGUAGAGACGAUGGAGUCUCUGUAUCUCAUCUCACCUUCUGCGCUUGGCUUUCCGUCUCAGCGACGAUGUCCAAACGAUGCAGUAACGACUCUUCGUUCGUCUUCGUGCUCUCCUAUCGCUUCUCAACAGAGAAAGCGUUCGGUUUCAACAAUGCCCACAGCAAAACCAACCACCAAGCCCAAGCCAACAACAAUAACAACAGAGACAACAGAAACAACGACUACUUCUCCUCCAACUACAAAGAAGAAGGUUCUGGUUCCAAUUGGCUUUGGCACUGAGGAAAUGGAAGCUGUCAUCCUUGUAGAUGUUCUUCGCAGAGCUGGUGCCCAUGUGAUUUUGGCCUCAGUCGAACCAGAAGUCGAGCUUGAAGCAUCUGCUGGGACAAGGCUCGUUGCUGAUGCCUCUAUCUCAACCUGCUUAGACCAGGAUUUCGACCUUAUCGCUUUACCGGGGGGAAUGCCAGGAUCUGCACGACUUAGAGACUGCGAAAUCCUUAGGAAGAUAACGAGCAACCAAGCUGAAAAGAAAAGGUUGUACGGUGCAAUUUGUGCUGCUCCAGCAGUCACGCUUCUGCCCUGGGGACUUCUCAAGAGAAAACAGACAACUUGUCAUCCUGCAUUUAUGGACAAGCUUCCUACAUUCUGGGCUGUUAAAUCUAAUAUCCAAGUGUCUGGAGAGCUUACAACAAGUCGUGGCCCUGGAACUGCCUUUGAGUUUGCUCUGUCAUUAGUGGAGCAGCUUUUUGGGGAGACUGUGGCCAAAGAAGUAGGAAUAGGGCUGCUGGUGCCUGUUGAUGAUGGUCGUCCUAGAAAGGAGGAAGUCAAUACAGUUGAGUGGUCUGUUGACCAUAAUCCUCAGGUUCUUAUUCCAGUUGCAAAUGGAUCUGAAGAGAUUGAAGUUGUCACAGUAGUGGAUAUUUUAAGACGAGCAAAAGUGGAUGUCAUUGUUGCUUCAGUCGAAAAGUCUCUACAGAUCGUGGCAUCUCAAGACACAAAAAUUGUUGCUGACCAAUCCAUCAAUAAUGCUGCUGAGUCAAUAUACGAUUUGAUUAUUCUUCCGGUGAGAAAGGGAGGAGCUGUUGGAGCUGAGCGGCUGCACAAAUCCAAGGUUCUAAAGAGGUUGCUGAAAGAACAAGAAUCAGCUGGAAGGAUGUAUGGAGCAAUCAGCUCAUCCCCAGUGUUCUUGCAGAAGCAAGGUUUACUCAAGGACAAAAGAGCCACAGCUCAUCCUUCAGUUAUAAGCAAACUUACCAGCCAAAUUAUUGAUGGUGCUGGAGUUGUUAUUGACGGUAACGUGAUCACAAGCAGAGGACUGGCUACAGUAACAGAUUUUGCCUUGGCUAUUGUGAGUAAGCUUUUUGGUCAUGCAAGGGCAAGAAGUGUAGCUGAAGGACUUGUUUUUGAGUAUCCAAGAAACUAGAAAGACCUGUCUGCCAGCAUUGUAGAAAAUGGACAAAGUUUUUGAGAUGCUUCAACUUCCAGAAAGGAAAGUCUUUCGUCACCAUGUAUGGUUCUGUCCCCCUCUCGCAAUAGGAAGGAGACUAACUUACUGGAGUUGCUUGAAACUGGUUUGGAGCUGUUUAUAAAAUCACAGAAGCUGCUGCUGCUUGGCUUCAACCGUUUCACUCCAAAUGCUGAUUGAUCUAUGUCUGCAUUCUGAUUUCCCUACACUAAAAUACUGUCAUAUGGUUCCUUCAACCUCUGCUCAGUGCUCACUUUUAGCGUGAACACUGGUAUGUUUUUACAUUUGAAUAUAGAUAUGGUGGGUCUCAUACAUCAUCCAGAAG